GGCGCGAAGAGGAGAAAACGAAAUCGUAUUUUUAAUAAUAUCGAAUUCGGGCCGCGGUUCUGGAAACCGUGGCAGUCGGGACUUUGCCGGUACCGCGGUCUCUGUACAGCCAGCGACGACGACGACGAGCAGCAGCAGCAUGAUGAUCAUGGAGCACCAUGGAUGGAGCGACGACGAGCGCGUCAAGUUCGCCGAUGCGCUCGCCGAGUUUGGCUCCGACUGGAACCGCAUCUCGCGGGCCAUCGACUCGAAGAGUGUGCAGGAAGUGUACGAGUAUGCCACCGCGUACUACAAGACCAUGAUGAGCGGCAAGGACCUGCGCUCGAUCGAGACGAUGAAGAGCUCUGUGUGCGUGUCGCUCUUGGCUGAGAAGCUGCAGCAGACGGCGGCUGGCCACUGCAACAAUGCAAAAGAGAACAGCCUCGUGGGCAAUGGCAAUGGCACGGCCUCGUCGCCAUGCGCCACUGCCAAGGAGGCCGCGGUCCCGACCGAAGCAACGAGCCUGCCGUUCGAGUUGCGCGAUGUGUCGCCAAGCAACCGGUACUACACAACCAGCAUUCCGCCCCAAGUGUACAAGACGGGUCUCUCGGGCAACCCGUAUGAGAACCGCAUCAAGGACCUCUCGGACGCCGACAUCAAGCUCCUUCUCCGCAAGCGCAUCCUCGACAUGACGCGGCGCAAGCAAGAAAACUUGGCCAAGCGCAAGUUGCACGAGACCUUUGCGUCCCAGCAGAUCAUGGCGUUUCAAGCGAAACACGGCGUGACGGCGACGCGGCUUCCGUCGUCCUCGCCCGACGCUACAGCUGCCAAGGCGUCGAAGCGAUCGUCCCGUACCGCCGUGCUGGCGCCCACAAACAAGAAGCGCAAGUCGCCUAGCAGCGAUGGCUUUGCUGGCGUCGACGCGCUGGCCAUGAUUAGCUGCGAAGAGCUGCAAAAGUACCAUGGCCGCGACGAGCCCUCGCUAACGACUCCUGCGGGGCCGCAAGCCUCGUUUGACUUUUCGAUUGCGCCGACCAACAAGGAUGCCAAGCGUGCGAAAUGGAGCGCGGAGGAGCACGACCUCUUUGUCGACGGCCUCAAGCGCUAUGGGCGCAAGUGGAAGAAGGUGCAAGAGCACGUCAAGACCAAGUCGACGGAGCAGGUGCGCAACCACGCCAACGCCUACUUUGCCACCAAGCCGCCUUCCGACACGGGCGACGUGCUCGAAGUCGCGGGCUUUCUAAGCUCGCUUGCGCAAGCCCCGACCCGCGGCCGCUAACGGCGACACCGCCCGUUGUAUUUUUUGAUUUUGCCACUAAACCGCGCAGCUCCACGUGCGUGGCGACGGUGCUAAUGACCCAUAAUUUAAGCUCCCACCUCCUGCUUUCCGACA